CAUGGGGAUUAAAACAGAAGAUGCACCAUUACAAUUUGAACAAUGUGGAAUACAGCCAUUACAUGAAUGUGAACAUUGUGAAAAGAAAUUUAAAGACAGUAUUAGUUUAAAAUCACACAUGAUGAUACACAAGCGAGACGCACCAUACAAGUGUGGAAAUAAAUUUAAAAAUGGUAUAACUUUGAAAACACGUAUGAGGAUACAUAAAAGAUCACAUGAAUGUGAACAUUGUGGAAAAAAUUUUAGUAGAAAUGACACUUUAAAAACACAUUUAAGAAUACAUACAGGACAAACACCAUAUGAAUGUGAACUUUGUGGGAAGAAGUUUAAUCAUUUGGGUCAUCUGAACAGACAUUUAAAGAUACAUGCAGAAGAAACAUCACAUGAAUGUGACCAUUGUGGGAAAAAAAUCAAACAAAUGAGUGAUUUUAAAGUACAUUUGAGGACACAUACAGGAGAAAGACCAUAUGAAUGUGAACAUUGUGGAAAGAAGUUUAGUAGAAAUGACACUUUGAAAAUACAUUUAAGGAUACAUACAGGAGAGAUGCCAUACGAAUGUGAACUUUGUGGAAAGAAAUUUAGUCAUUUGGGUUAUAUGAAAAGACACUUUAAGAUAUAUACAGGAGAUCAACCAUAUGAAUGUGAUUAUUGUGGAAAGAGGUUUCGUCAAUUGAGUCAUUUGCAGAGACAUUUAAAGAUGCAUAAAAGAGAAACACCAUAUGAAUUUGAACAUUGUGGAGAGAAAUUCAGACUCGGUCAUGAUUUCAAAACACAUUUGAAGAUACACACAGGAGAAAUGCCAUACAAAUGUGAUUAUUGCGAAAGAAAAUUUAGACACUUAAGCCGUUUGACAACACAUUUAAGGGUACAUACAGGAGAAAAACCAUAUGAAUGUGAUCAAUGUGAAAAGAAAUUCAAAGACAGUACCACUUUAAAAUCACAUGUAAGGACACAUACAGGAGAAAGACCUUAUGAAUGUGAACAUUGUGGAAAGAAGUUUAGUAGAAGUGACACUUUGAAAACACAUUUAAGGAUACAUACAGAAGAAAGACCGUAUGAAUGUGAAUAUUGUGGAAAGAAAUUUUAUCAAAAUAGCAAUUUGAAAACUCAUUUAAGGAUACAUACAGGAGAAAAACCUUUUGAAUGUGAUUAUUGUGGAAAGAAAUUUUAUCAAAGUAGCAAUUUGAAUACUCACUUGAAGAUACACAAACGAAAACAAUCUUUAUGAGUGUGAAAAGAAACUAAACACAGUAUCAAUUUGAAAACUCAUUUGAGGAUUCAGAAGAGGAAUCACUUGAAUGCGAACAUUUUGAAACAUUAGUGAUUUGAGACUACAAACAGGAAAUAAUGAUCAUUAUGAAAGGAAAUUUAGAGAGAUUCCAUGUGUGGUAAUUGUGAAACAAAAUUUUAAUCAAAUUUGAACUUUGAAAAACAUGUGUAUGUUAAUAACAUACAGCACAGACACCGUGUGUAAGUGAACAUUGUGGAAAGAAGUUCAAUCUGUAUAACACUUUAAAAAACAUUUAAGGAUACAUAUCAGAAGAAAGACAAUUAUAAAUUCAAUAUUUUUGGAAAAAAUUUUAGAAACAGUUUAGCACUUUUCUGUACAUUUGAGAGUGUGCAUACAGGAAGGAAGCCAUACACAAUGUUAAGAAUUGUGUAGGUAAAAUGAUCAUCUGAAAAGAUAUUUAAUGAUAUCAUAUUUUUAACAAUGUGGAAGAAUUUGAAAAGAAUUUUAUGUAUUAAAUUG